GGAGGCGGCGGCUCUACACACACAGCGCAGCAGCAGCAGCAGAAGGCGCAGCCACCACAGCCCGCAAUGGCAGCGGAGUCUCGCAGCGGAGAGCCGGGCGUGUUGCUGGAGGAGCUCCUGGCCAUGGCCGCGGCCGGCGGCGUGUGGGCAGCCCUGUCCCUGGGAGUCCUGGUGGCUCUGGCCACUUGGGGCUGGUUCAAGGCGAGCAGGAAGGGCAGCGGCCCGAGCAGCCCCGACCUUCCCAGCCAGAGCGGCGCUGCGGCCACGGUCACCGCAGAUGAAAAAGGGGGUGAUCUAACCAAAGUGAAUGAACUGGGAGCCAGUGUACCAGAGUCUCCAGUCAAAGCUGUUUCUUCAUGUCUGGAUGAUAUUUCGGACAUCCGUGAAAUAACUGGGAAUUGCAGUGACAAUCUUGUUCCUGUAAUAUCCAAUGAGGACCUGUGCGAUAGUGAACAGGUUUGUAUCCCUCUGUCUGAAGAUGAUCCGAAGCAGUCUCAGCCUUUCAAGAAUUUUAUGACCAACUCAUCCAGUAUUGGGAAAGAUCCUAACCAUUGCAUUGGAACCACUGAACAGAAUUCUAAGGAAGAAGGGAAUUAUGAAAACAAAAAUCAAACUGAACAUUGUCAAAAGCUACAUGAGUGUUCUGUUUUAAAGGAUGAAGAUUUAGACCAUAAAUAUCAGUCUGAAUCAGGAUGUCUAAGUAAUGAAACGUUCGAUAUUGAUAACAGCAACGAUAACAAUUCUGACCUACCUAAAGAGCCUACACUUCUAACUGAAAUGACUAAAGAUGAUGAAGAAUGGGAAAUCUUAGAAGAGCCGAACACCUUGGAGGUGGAAACCAAAGUAAGCCCUGAGAUAGAUCAUGCUGCCAAGAAAAUAGCAGCUGUGUCUCCAUUGCCACUGAAGAUCAUUGUGGUGAAAUUUCAAGUACACUACGUGACUGAAUUGGAAUCUCAAAUUCUUGCAGUGAUGGGAAACCAUGAGCAUUUGGGUCAGUGGGAAAAUUAUGUGCCCCUGAAACCAGGCAAGGAUGGCUUCUGGUCUGGUUCUGUUCUGCUCCCAAUGAAUUCCAAGAUUGAGUGGAAGUUUGUUAUGGUGGAAAAUGGAAAAGUCAGGCGAUGGGAGGAAUGCUUGAACAGAUGUCUGGAGACUAGCCAUGAAGAUAUAGCUGUACAUCGUUGUUGGGGUUUCCAAUAAAUAAAUAGGGUCUGACUGGCAGAAUAUAGCUGCACCAAUCUAUCACUAAAACUUGAUGUGUACUCUACUACAGUGUUCAGUUUAUGUUUAUGGACUGAUUCUACUCAAAAGGGGAACUAAACUAAUAGUAAAAUGACUUCAAUUUAUGGCGUAUUUCGCCCUUGUGGGUUGUUGGGACUCUAUCCUCUGUCUUACUAAAGACUGGAGCCAAGUAUCUCUUCAAAAAUAACACAGGAGUAGCAAUCCUCUCCUCCCAGAAGUUGCCCAUGGUAUCACAGAAAGCACAGAAUGUACUGUAUCAGAGCUGAGAAAUUUCUUCCCAAUAUCCUUUUGCAAGUGGCAAAUAAUGAAUUAUUACAUCGACACUUUUUUUAAUCCCGGAUUAGUGAAUCUGAGUAGAAUGGGUGCAAAAUGGUUUUAAUAUAAAUCUCAUUUUGGAUUUGAAUGUAUGACAUUUGCUGUCAUUGGUGUUCCAAUAACUUAGAAGUGUUUCCAAUUCUGGUUUAAUUGAGGGAGUACAAAGAUAGACCUACUAUUGAUUUCUUACUCCCAAGCUGUCCAAGUCUUAUUUAAUCUAUUCAAACGAGAUUCGUUCCCACAGUGCAGGUUGGGAAGAGUUUCCAGGCAAUACCAUCUUGUGAUGUGGUUUUGUAAUCUACUGGUGCCUUAAAACUUAUCAAUUUAAUUGUCUGUCUCUAGUUUGAACGUGCUGUCACAAACGAAUGUAUUAAAGCACUUUAAUUUUGUACAGAACACAUCAUACUUGGGAGUUAGCUCACCCUCCUUUGCACUGGUGGUGGUUCAGUAAAAUUGUGGCGAAUUUGAAGCCUUCUUCAAAUUUUAACAGUUCAUUAUGACCAACUAUUUUAAGUAGCUUAUUUUUUUAAAAAAAAUAGGUCACUCUAUAAAUCCAGAAUGGUAGACUUCGAAGCAAGUACUACAGCAAGCAAAUCAUCUUCCACUAAGUAAAUGAUCAGGACUUGUUUUCUGACUGGCCAAUUAUCUCCAGAAUGGUUAAUAGCUAACUGAAGGAUGGGGACGAAUACCAGAUUAUUGCUUCUGAUCUGAACAAAUAUGCAACCAGCAUAUUGUCUCAAUGAAACCAAAUAGAAAUCUUUUGGAGAUUAUUUUUUUCCCUCCCACCACUUCUGUUACAAAAGUGAUUAUUCUAAUUUCAAAUGACUAUCUUCAAAAUGGAAACCUGUAUAAAAUAUGAAUAUCCUAUUUGGAAUCUUCAGUAGCAAAUACUGGAUGACGUUUCUAUAUUGACUCAUUAACCACCCAUUUGAACUAUUAUAGUUUUGAACACGUUUGUAGGGAUAAGCGGGGUCUCCUUGGAGUUGAACUGGCUCCAAGGUGAUGUGCCUGGCGAAUUGAGCCAGGCCUCUGUGGCAGUCUCUGUAGUCCGAUUCUGGAGCCAGGAAGAUCUGCAGUAUUCCAGGGCACUGCUAAUGACGGCACAGCCAGCCUGGUUCAUUGGCAGGAUCUGGAAGGGCAGACCAGUCACUGGGGGUAGAGAGCCAUCCACUCAGCUCCUGAUAAUCCUACAAGCCAAAGCCCUAAUGGGUAGGUUGGUAUUAGAUGGACAAACAGCAGGAAAGCUUGCCGGACAGCAAUAUCAAUGGCAGGCUUUGCAGUUUUAGCUGGUUAGACUCCCAACAGCCCAAUGUACACUGGAGUCCCCAAGCAUUAGCUCUUGUCAACCUGAACCUAAUUCUUUCUGGAAUUAGGUAAGCAGGAUGUAUUCCUCUAGGGAGAGAGUGUGCAUUUCAACAAUGUAUCCCAGGGAUUUCCAUGUGUAGGUGGGAUGCAUGGAAUUCUCAGUUUGGUUUGGAUACUCUUAAGCACGGUAAUGGGUUUCCACGUGUGUCAGACACCCACCCCCAACAAAUCACAGGGACUAUAUUGCAGCAGCAGCAGAUUUUAUUGACGCUUUGCACCAAGAGUCCAACAUCAUGCACAGUAAGUGGGGGGGGGGGGGAGGAGAGAAAGCGGGAGGAAACAAACUUGCACUUCACUUCUUCAGCAUUUUUUCUCUGUCUUUUACUCUCUUUAUCCUCUUUUCCUGACUUCUGAUCAUGGAGGACAUUUCUGUAAAAGCCCAAGAUUUAAAAUAAAAAGCAUUCUGUAGCUAUGAGUUGAUGUUUUAAAGUUGUCCCAUGUAUUACAAAUUUAAAUAAAAUUUGAAUGUUGUUAAACCACAA